AAGUUCUAAGUUGUUGAAUGUUUAGUUUCCUCUUGCAAUAAUCCAACAACGUGUUCUCAUAGCCCAACUAAACCAAGUCAUUGAUCCAAUUUCCUUCCUCUACUGCAAUUCUUUCCUUUCCAUGGCUAUGCAUAAGAUCCUGCAAAGGGGUCGUCCAUUCCUCAAUACCCCUCUGCAACUUGCCUCUUCACCUGCUUCAGCUUCUCACACAUUUCCCUCUUGUGGUGAUGAAUCUCUUCAUGUUCGGGAAAUCACAAACACAAGAGAAGUCAGGAAUGAAUUUGGCAAAUAUCAUAUAAAAGAUUUAUCUCAAUGCCUCAACUGGACUUCAAGUCCAAAUUACUGUAGUCAUGGCUAUGUGGUAAAUCGUCAUUUUGCAUCUGAACGCAAUGAUAUAUGUACAAAGGGGUUCUCAAGUAAGCUUCUUAAAACUAUUCCAUACCAUGUAAAGAUUGUGGAGGUUGGCGCAAGGGAUGGAUUGCAAAACGAGAAGGCUAUUAUUCCUACUAAUAUAAAAGUUGAGUUAAUAGAACUACUGGUUUCUUCUGGGUUGUCUGUUGUUGAGGCAACAAGUUUUGUCUCACCAAAAUGGGUACCCCAGUUGGCAGAUGCAAAGGAUGUGUUGGCAGCAAUUCAAAAUGUUGAAGGUGCUAGGUUUCCUGUCUUGACUCCAAACCUUAAAGGUUUUGAGGCAGCUGUUGCUGCUGGAGCUAAAGAAGUGGCUGUUUUUCCUGCAGCUUCUGAAUCAUUCUCAAAAGCAAAUCUAAAUUGUGGCAUUGAAGAUAAUCUUGCUCGUUGCCGUGAUAUUGCUUCAGCUGCUGGAAGUCUCUCGAUCCCAGUUCGCGGAUAUAUAUCAUGUGUUGUGGGAUGUCCCCUGGAAGGAAGUAUUGCCCCAGAGAAAGUAGCAUAUGUGGCAAAAUCACUGUAUGAGAUGGGUUGCGCAGAGAUUUCACUGGGUGAUACAAUUGGUGUUGGCACACCGGGUACCGUAAUUCCGAUGCUUGAAGCUGUUUUUGACGUUGUUCCAACUGACAUGCUUGCUGUCCAUUUUCACGAUACUUACGGUCAGGCACUUUCAAAUAUUUUAAUUUCACUUCAGAUGGGUAUCAGCACAGUGGAUUCAUCUGUUGCUGGUCUUGGAGGUUGUCCAUAUGCAAAGGGUGCAACUGGGAAUGUAGCCACUGAGGAUGUCGUUUACAUGCUGAAUGGACUUGGAGUGAAAACAAAUGUGGACCUUGGAAAGCUUAUGCUAGCCGGGGAUUUCAUUUGCAAGCAUUUAGGACGUGCAUCUGGUUCCAAAGCAGCUACUGCUUUGAGUAAAGUUACUAGUCAUGCCUCCAAACUAUGAGUAACUAAAGCUAGUCAUGCACCUGCAUGAUAGCUGCAUUGUUUGCCCACUGUUGCGUAUGCAUUUAUGUUGGUAUUCCUGUCCAGUGGGCCCUGCCAUUAGAAAGAGUGAGCCAGCAAAACACAGUGUAAAUGAAAUGCUGUUCACUUCUGCUUUGUUCUGAGCCCGUUGAGUCGCUUUGAUUGUUGAGAGAGACAUCACAUGUUGAACAUAACAAAUAAUAAAAUGCAUAGAAUGUCCAAGUUCAGCUAUUGUCA